CCAGAAAUUGUAGAAGUCAUUCUUCUCCAUCUCCUCGUAAUUUUAUUGGUUCAAUAAUAUAGCAAUGGAGGGAGUUAUGGUCAGCCUUAGCCACCCUCUUUUGGAGAAUGAGAAUGAAUGGGAAGUAAACCACAAGCAUUCAACCAACGAAGGCGACUCCUCUUUCUUCAAAGCUUUCUUUAAUGGCCUUAACGCCCUUUCAGGGGUUGGAAUUCUAUCAGUACCAUAUGCCCUAGCAUCAGGUGGUUGGUUAAGUCUGAUAUUGAUCUUCAUUGUCGCGACAGCAGCAUUCUACACGGGUUUGCUUAUAAAGCGAUGCAUGGAAGCUGAUUCAAGCAUAAGAACAUACCCUGAUAUAGGGGAGCGUGCAUUUGGGAAGAUCGGAAGAACAAUAACAUCAGUAUUUAUGUGCACAGAGUUAUACUUAGUCGUUACAGGUUUCCUAAUCUUAGAAGGCGACAAUCUACAUAACCUUUUUCCUGGUCUGAAAUUAGAAACUUCUUGGCUGCAACUUGGAGGAAGAGAGAGUUUUGUGCUGCUUAUUGCCCUUAUCAUUCUUCCCUCGGUUUGGUUGGAUAAUCUUAGUAUUCUUUCGUACAUCUCUGCUACUGGUGUCCUCGCUUCUGUUGUGAUUAUUGUGUCGAUUUUAUGUGUUGGAACGUUUGAUGAGAUUGGAUUUCAAAGCAAGGGUGAUCUACUAAACUGGUCAGGAAUUCCUACAUCAGUUAGCUUGUAUGGCUUCUGCUAUUGCGCGCAUCCUGUUUUUCCUACCUUGUACAACUCAAUGCAGCAAAAACAUCAGUUUUCUAAGGUACUACUUCUCUGUUUUCUCUGUUCGACUAUUGGUUAUGCAUCAAUGGCAAUCAUUGGAUACCUGAUGUAUGGUUCGGAAGUUGAAUCACAAAUAACUCUGAACCUCCCAACAGAUAAAAUGUUCUCUAAAAUUGCAAUCUAUACGACUUUGGUUAAUCCUCUAUCCAAGUACGCGCUGAUGUUAGAACCUGUUGUGAAUUCUACUGAGAGCUGGUUCCCAAAUCAUCACAAGAAAAAGCAUUUCAAACUUGUGUUAAGAACAAGUUUGGUUGCUACUCAAGUCAUUGUAGCAUUGGUUGUUCCGUUUUUCGGGUAUCUCAUGUCUCUUGUAGGAGCAUUUCUUAGCAUUACUGCAUCAAUCACACUUCCAUGCUUGUGCUAUAUAAAAAUUUCAGGCAAUUACAUGAGAGGUGAGGGGUUAUUAGUGGUAGCUACUGUUGUAUUGAGUGUAUUGAUCGCAAUAUAUGGUACUUAUACUUCUUUAGUACAAAUCAUACAGGGAACUGUUUUUAAUUUAUAAUUUAAUUUAUUGUUAGAUGCUACACAUUUUUAUGAAAGAUUUGUUUGUGUAAAUGUGCAAUAUGUUCAACUAGUUAAUUUGUUUUAGCUUUUGCUAGGGGUGAAAGUGAUAUGGAUUAAAACCGAAAAACGAAUCGAUCCAAGCUGAAUUAACAAUCCUGUUCGGUUUUUCUGGGAAUUUGGUUUGGAUCGGUUUGGGAUUUUAAAAAAAUAUGAAUUGCAGAUUGGUUUUGGUUUUGGUUUUGGUUUUGGGCUUCCAAAAACUGAAAACCGAAUUUCCAAACCGAAUUUAUAUAAAGCCCAAUAUCCCAACCCAUAUUUCCCUUCAUAUAUAAAUGAAAACCCUAAUUUCUUUACCCUCUUUUCCCUUUCAGCCUUCCCCAUUCUUUCCCUUAGUUUCUUAGGUUUUCCCCCUUUCUCAGAAUUCUCACGCAGCCAUCGAUCCUCCCUCACGACCUUACCACCGAUCCUCCCCCACGGCCUCACCAGUUAGGCAAUCACCACCGCUCUCACCGCUUGUUUCUUUGGCCUUACCACACAACUCAUCUCUCACCACUCGUUUUUAGGUAAUGUUGAUGAUGAAUCUGAAGUUGUUGAUGAGCAUAACAUCUGUUUUUUUUUUUUUUUUUUUUUUUUUAUAAAUUUGUAUGUCUUUUAAUGUUAAUAUUAGUGGGCAAAUUUAAGCCUUGUAAUACAGUAAUAGUUGAUAAAUAAUAUAAUAUAGUUUUAAAGUUAUUUGUCAAUUUAAUUUGUGUUAUUUUCUCUUUUAAUUAUUUAGUUUGCUUAUGAGGUGAAAAAUUCGGGUUAUGAAUCAGUUUCGGUUUGCUUAUCAGAAAUUGGGUUCGGUUUGGUUUGGACCGAAUUCUAUUUCGGUUUGGAUUCGAAUUGAAAAUUUUGAAACCGAAUUAUUUUGGUUUGGUUUUGGUUUGGGCCAUAAUCCAAACCAAACACUGAACUUUCACUCCUAGCUUUUGCUGCUUUUAAUGCAUGGUCAAUAUGAUAUUGUGAA